UGACACCUUUUGACACUUGUCCAAAGUGCAUCCAACUGCCAAACAGACAGGAAAUGUGUGGGCCUACAGCAAUGAAAUUCUGGUUUUAAUUAAGCCAACAAAAUGAAAGCCACUUUGUGUGUAUUAUCAGUGUUUUCGCUGUGCCUCGUGUUUGUGGCCAAUGCGGUGGUUCAGGAUGGGGACUUCGUCGAACCCGCCACCUUCAAGAGUUACUACUCAUCCUGCAAGGCUCUGAACCCCAAAAAGAGUGGCGUCCAAACGAUCAAAAUCGGCAAAGACAAGGUGGACGUCUACUGUGACUCCACGAUUGCCGGAAAGGGUUGGCAGGUCAUCCAGCGACGGGUCAGUUCCGAGGAGAACUUCUUCCGUAAUUGGACCUCCUACCAGUCGGGUUUCGGUGACCUCAAGGGCAACUAUUUCCUGGGCCUAAGCUUGCUGAACAGGAUUACCACCCAGGAGCCCCAGGAACUUUACAUUCAACUGGUGGACUUCAAUAACACCGCCCAAUACGCACACUACAGUCUGUUCACUGUGGCCGAUGUGUACAGUAACUACACACUAAUCCAGCUAGGAUCCUACAAUGGAACCGCCGGGGAAAGUCUCAGUUAUCAUUUGGGAAUGCCUUUCAGUACAUUUGACAAGGAUAACGAUCGUAGUUACUUUAAUUGUGCCGCCAAGUACUUUGGGGCCUGGUGGUACAACGACUGCAUGGCCAGUAAUCUGAAUGGCGUCUAUUUGGGUGGCGAUUUCUUGGACCCCGAACUCUAUGGAAAGGGCAUAACCUGGGCCAUGGGCAAGGGCUUCUCGUAUAGCUACAAAACUGUGACCAUGAUGGUGCGAUCCAAACUCUGAUCUGUAGGAAAAUUAUUUUAAAAAAUAAACUAAUUUAUUGAAUAAAUCUUCAAAAAGGCUUUCAUAUCAGUA